GCUCCUUCUGCCGCCGCAGCCCGGCCCAGGAACGCAAAGCCGGGGGCACUGGCCCCGAGCCUACCCACCUUCGGGCCGCGUGCCGGCUGCAGCCAGUAUGGGGGGCCACUAAGAGCGGGCGCUCGUUCGCUCUGGCACCUCCCCCGGCCACUGGCCACUGGACUCCAGCCAGCGAGCCUCAGGCACCUCUGGCCCCCAGUCCAGCGCCUGGGACGGCCCUCCGCUCUGCCCCUCCGGCUCUGAGCAUCGUGUCCCCGCCCCCCCCGCCCGCGCCUGGGACACCUGGGUCCCCCGGCGGCCCCGAGGAGAGGGGCGGGGGGGGGGGGGCAUGAAGCCGCUGGAGAAAUUUUUGAAGAAGCAGACGUCGCAGCUGGCGGGGCGAACGGUGGCAGGAGGUCCCGGCGGGGGUCCAGGGAGCUGCAGCGGGCUUGGAGGGGGUGGGGGACCUGGCGGGGGAGGCGGUCCAGCUGGGGGACCGCGGCCGCUGCAGCGGCGUCAGAGCGUGUCUCGCUUGCUGCUCCCAGCUUUCCUCCGGGAGCCCCCAGCCGAGCCGGGGCUGGAGCCGCCUCCUGAGGAGGAAGGGGCAGAGCCCGCGGGAGUCGCGGAAGAGCUAGGCAGUGGGGGGCCCUGCUGGCUGCAGCUAGAGGAGGUACCAGGGCCUGGGCCGCUCGGGGGAGGGGGGCCCCUGCGCUCCCCUUCCUCGUACUCCUCAGAUGAGCUGUCCCCGGGCGAGCCCCUGCCUUCCCCGCCCUGGGCCCCCCUGGGCGCCCCCGAGCGGCCGGAGCAUCUUCUGAACCGGGUUCUGGAGAGGCUGGCCGGAGGGGCCACCAGGGACAGCGCCGCCUCAGAUAUACUGCUGGAUGACAUCGUCCUCACCCAUUCUCUCUUCCUCCCCACGGAGAAAUUUCUGCAGGAGCUACACCAGUACUUUGUUUGGGCAGGAGACAUGGAGGGCCCCGAGGGGCUGGGCCGGAAGCAGGCCUGCCUAGCCAUGCUUCUUCAUUUCUUGGACACCUACCAGGGGCUGCUGCAGGAGGAAGAGGGGGCCGGCUGCAUCAUCAAGGAUUUGUACCUGCUGAUUAUGAAGGAUGAGUCCCUUUACCAGGACCUCCGAGAGGACACACUGAGGCUGCACCAGCUUGUGGAAACAGUGGAGCUAAAGAUCCCAGAGGAGAGCCAGCCACCCAGCAAGCAGGUGAAGCCACUUUUCCGCCACUUCCGCCGGAUAGACUCCUGUCUGCAGACCCGAGUGGCCUUCCGGGGCUCAGAUGAGAUCUUCUGCCGGGUCUACAUGCCUGACCACUCUUACGUGACCAUACGCAGCCGCCUGUCAGCGUCUGUGCAGGACAUUCUGGGCUCUGUGACGGAGAAAUUGCAGUACUCGGAGGAGCCUGCAGGGCGUGAGGAUUCCCUCAUCCUGGUAGCUGUGGCCUCCUCAGGAGAGAAGGUCCUUCUCCAGCCGCAUGAAGACUGUGUCUUCACCACACUGGGCAUCAACAGCCACCUGUUUGCCUGCACCCGGGACGGCUAUGAGGCCCUGGUGCCCCUCCCUGAGGAGAUCCAGGUCUCCCCUGGAGACACAGAGAUCCACCGGGUGGAGCCUGAGGACGUUGCCAACCACCUUACUGCCUUCCACUGGGAGCUGUUCCGAUGUGUGCACGAGCUGGAGUUCGUGGACUACGUGUUCCACGGGGAGCGCGGCCGCCGCGAGACGGCCAACCUGGAGCUGCUGCUGCAGCGCUGCAGCGAGGUCACACACUGGGUGGCCACCGAGGUGCUGCUCUGCGAGGCCCCGGGCAAGCGCGCGCAGCUGCUCAAGAAGUUCAUCAAGAUCGCGGCCAUCUGCAAGCAGAACCAGGACCUGCUGUCCUUCUACGCUGUGGUCAUGGGGCUGGACAACGCUGCUGUCAGCCGCCUGCGGCUCACCUGGGAGAAGCUGCCAGGGAAAUUCAAGAACUUGUUCCGCAAAUUUGAGAACUUGACAGACCCCUGCAGGAACCACAAAAGCUACCGAGAAGUGAUCUCCAAGAUGAAACCCCCUGUGAUUCCUUUCGUGCCUCUGGUCCUCAAAGACCUGACUUUUCUGCACGAGGGGAGUAAGACCCUUGUGGAUGGCUUGGUGAACAUUGAGAAGCUGCAUUCAGUGGCCGAAAAAGUGAGGACAAUCCGCAGAUACCGGAGCCGGCCCCUUUGCCUGGAUAUGGAGGCAUCUCCCCAUCACCUGCAGACCAAGGCCUACGUGCGCCAGUUCCAGGUCAUCGACAACCAGAACCUCCUCUUCGAGCUCUCCUACAAGCUGGAGGCUAAUAGUCAGUGAGAACAGAGGUUCUGGUCGGCCCCCCACCAGGGUCCUCGGGCACCUGGCACUCAAGCACUUUGUAUGAUGUCCCAACCCACCUCUGACAUCUCUCCCCUGGAGCAGCUUCCCGCCCCAUGGGAAGGAGUUGGCUGGAUUUACCCCUGGACUCAUAAGCCUGUUCAUCCUGCUGAAGUCCUCUCCCCCUGGCUCCUUCAAGCCAAAACCACUCUGCUGGUUCCUGCCCUCGAAGGGAAAGGGGGCAGAGAGCUCCUUCCUCUGUCCCCUCCCAUGGAGGUCUGUUCUGGAGAUGGAGUGUCCGACCUCCUCUUCCCAAGCAGGGAGGAAACCUGCCCACCCUCCUGUCUCAUCGAACAGAACUGUGGGCGGGAUUGGCAGCCUUCCUCUCUGCCACCUGUCUACCAUCUCCCUGGUCAGGGCUGGGACCCCUGGAUGUACCCCCCUGCAUAUUAUAUUGCCCUUGUGUCUGCGUGUGUAUGUGCGUGUGUCCCCUUUUAAGGAGGAGGAGCACAUCUGGUAAUUCAGGGAGGGUGUUGUAUGUGCUGCGGGGGAGUCCUUCUGUUUGGUGCUACCCUUGUCCACUCUGCCCCUGGGACAGUGCGGGCUGCUUUCCCCACCCGCACCACUCCCUGCUCAGCUCCUCUGCUGCCCUGCAUGCCCAGGCUUGUGGGCGAAGCUGCUUGUGAGGUCAGGGAGCAGCCGCAGGUAGGAGGGGUUACCCAUCAGCCCUUGUAAGCUCCCCACUCAGGCCUCUUGAAGGUCCUUGGGUGGGCUCCCACGAGAGGGUAAAAGAAGCUCAGGGAAACACGGGCCUAGGCUUCCUACUGGACCCUCCCUCUGCACUGCAGUGAGGUAGGGUGUGGCGGUAUCAGGAGUCAGGGGUGCCUGCACUCCUGCUUUUGGGGUGUCUCACUGCUAAGAAGGGAGCUGUCAUCCCCUUCUGGCUCUUGUAUAUGACACCAACAACAUAGUCUCUAUCCUUCUCCCUCUCUCUCUCUCUUUUUUUUUGGUGAGGGAGAUUGGCCCUGAGCUAACAUCUGUUGCCAAUCUUCCUCUG